CUUGGGUAAUCAAGUAGUAUGGACAGUGAAGCUGAUGGCAAGGAAGAGAUGUCGCCGCCCUUGAAGCGGCCUCGCUUGGGCCCUGAGGGAAUUGAUCUUGAUGAGAAGGCAAGUGCAGAGGUAAAGCACCUGGAAGAGGAUGAUGAUGGUGAUGAGGAUCUGCCAGACAGUCGCCCUGGCCCAGAGAUGGAGGACCUACGGCAGUCUUCUCCGGAGUCGCUGUGGCGGAAGGAGAACCUUCAGCCACCUUUAGACCAUGAGAUUGAGUUCUUGCUGAAGGACCCAAAGAGCUACAAGCAGGGCCAAUCGGUGCACUCUCAUUCGAAGACACUCCAUGGCUGCUUCACUUUCCGUCUUUUAGUCUUUCCCAUGGGAACGGAGGUCACAUCCCCACCGCCCCAGCUAGCAGCCUUUGUUGAGGCAGUGCCGCCGCCUGGUUGUGAUGAAAUUCGAUGGCAUUUCGAAGGUGUGCGGUACCAAAUCACUGCGGUGAAUUGGAAGGACUACAGGAAAUCAACCACGCAGCAGGACACUUGGAGCUUUAGUCGAGACCACUCAGACCGAGGAUGGCACAAAGGAUUUGUCAAGGCCUCCCAGAUGACCUCUGAGAGUGGUUGGCUCAAUGAUGAGGGCGAGCUUUGUUUGCGUGCAUCUUGUUCCUGCCGGCGUGCAAUGAUGCAAGCAUCCGGAAGGAGGCCAGUUGGCCAUGUUGGUCUAAAGAAUCACGGGGCGACCUGCUAUAUGAAUUGCUUGUUGCAGACUUUAUUCUGCUUGGGCCACUUUCGACACAUUGCUUAUUCCAUUGAAGUGCCUGAGUCUGAUCUGAGCCAGAUUGUUUCUAGCGACGACGUCUCGGACUCCUUGGGCAUCGAUGAAGACCGACCGGCUCUUCCAUUGCUGGUCUCGCUGCAGAAUCUUUUCUACAGGCUGCAAACCAGCGAGGUGCCUGUCUCAUGUCGAGAGCUAAUGCGAUCUUUUGGGUGGGAUACUGCCGAUGCCUUCAUGCAGCAUGACGCACAGGAGCUGAACAGACUCUUGUGUGAUCGCCUCGAAGAGCAAAUGAAGGGCACUCCAACUGAUGGAGAAAUCAAGAGGCUCUUCGAGGGUGAAUUUGAGAAUUACAUCGAAUGCAUUGAUGUUGAUUAUCGUUCACAACGCAACGAGACGUUUUAUGACUUGCAGUUGAACGUUAAAGACGAGUCUGGCAAAGAGAUCACUUCUUUAGAGGAGUCUCUGAAGGAUUUUGUGCGAGAGGAGAUUCUGGAGGGUGACAAUGCCUAUGAUGCAGAAUCACAUGGCAAGCAAAGAGCUCGGAAGGGCAUCCGGUUCAAGCGCUUUCCGCCAGUUCUGUACAUCCAGCUGAAGCGUUUCAUGUUCGACAUAGAGAAGAUGGAUAUGAACAAGCUGAAUAGCAAGAUGGAGUUUCCACAAAUCUUGGACCUGGAGGAUUUUGCCAAAGGCAGUGGCCAGUACAUGCUGCACACUGUCAUCGUGCACAGUGGUGGUGUUAGCAGUGGUCACUACUACACCUUUGUCCGUUCGCUGGAUAGCGAAGGCAAGAGUCAGUGGAUCAAAUUUGAUGACGAGAUGGUAACGUUUUGCAGUGAGCAGGCAGCUGUGGAAGACAACUAUGGCGGUGAGGAUCUGACUGUGGUGAACUACUUCAGUGCAGCUCCUGAUGAAAUCCGAGACCGUGAUUCUUGGCCCUCCGGCCAACGCAUCCACAAUGCCUACAUGCUGUCCUAUGUGCGUGUGGACCAGAAGGAGCUGCUGACGCCUCCUGUCCUUACCAGUGAGGACCCGAAGUACCGUGCUCUCAUAGAAAGAUGUACGCGGGAGGCAAAGCUGGCUGAGGAACGUCGCCGUGACAGGGUUCAGCGGAUGAACCGAGUGGAGGUGAAGCUCAUUUUUGAGCGUGAUCUCAUGAAGAUGAAGGGCUUUUGGCCAGCGCAAGACAACUUCCCCAUGAGCCAGACCAUGAAGAUUGACGGCCAAGAGACCACAGAGGCACUUCUGCGAGAAGCCAUGGAAGUGCAGCCUUUGGUGGAACAAAAUGUGUCAGAAGACCAUGUGACUCUCUUUGCUUUAACUCAGCGCAAAACAAGGCAGAUGCGCUUCAAGCAUCUUCCGCUGGAUGACGCUUUGAAAUGUCAUAUACAGUCAGCAGCACUGGAUCCUCAGAUCUCUAUUCUAGUCAUGGUCUCUCAGGGCUACGACCCGCAGACAUUGGAGACCAGCAGCCAGGAGACGGAGGAUGUCUUCCACGCACUGUCCGAGUGGACAGAAGAGCUGAUACUACUUAUAGUGAAGUACUUCUGUCCCGUGAAGCAAGUGAUUGUGACCUUGGGCUGUUACUAUUCACAGCUGUCAGAGCCACUGAAGGUGAUGCUACACCCGGAGGACUCCUGGCUGUCACAGCGACUGCAACUCUUUGUGCAACAAGGGGAGGUAGCCGCUCCACCUCCAAACACGCAGUGGCAGUGCUGGGAAGAGUUUGGCAGAGCAGCCAAGGAGAUCAAGCCCCGGGACAUUGAGAAAACAAUGAAGGAAGAGGGCUUGUACUGUGGGGAUGUGGUCAUUUGGCAGCCGCAGAGCGCCGCAGGGCCACGACGUCCAGGUGAGGGAGGUGCCAGCGAGGCGCCGGAGGAUCAAGCGAUUUGCGCGAAUGUGCGCGAUUAUGCUGAGCAGUGCAUGAACCACAUAUCUGUGAUGGUGCGUCUCUUCACUGCAGAGGCACCUUUGAGUCCAGAAGGCUGCUAUAGCCAUUUAGAACUUUGCCAGCCUGCACCACGCGCAUCCCUGCAGCGUAUGGACGAGGAUGAUAGCGAACAGCCGCCUGAACUUCCUGGACAGGCUGGAGACCAGGGUACCAGUCUGUGAGGUUAGAGCAGCGUCGUGCUGUCACAAAAGGCAUAUAUACAUACAUAUUGUAGUGCAUGAACAGCUGAUGUAAAGAGAAAUGAAGGAAG